AUGACAGUCCCUAGUGCAGAGAUGAAUGCCUUUAGUAUCAUUGAAAUUCUGGGGUUGGAUAAAUUGCAACAGGCUGAAAGCUGGGUAACAUCAGUAAUUAUCGUGGGAAGACAGUAUUUUGUAAUAGUUAUGUCCGUCACGCAACUCAGGAGGUGGACAAACAACGGUGUUUGCCAUGAAAAUGAAGCUGGUCACUCCCUGUUGCCAUAUGGGACAAUACAAUGGGCUGGAACCAAGGACCUCAUCUACCCUCCUCAACUCCAGUCAGAAAAUAUUUAUCAUUGGUAUUUUUGUAACUCAGAUUUUGGGAAAGCUGAGGAGCAUGACAAGAGAGGGUUCGCAGUACAAAAAUAUGAGAAACAUUGGGGCAUGGUAGAGCAUCAGAACCAAUUUGAAUUUGCAAGAUGGAGCAGCCAAUUUAUUGGCUAUGUGGAAGCAGGGUUUGGGGCCCAACACACUGCACUGUGGACUUGGCACAUACAGAUAUCAGAAAAAUUGCCACUGUGA